AUGCUGGUCUUCACUUCUUACCAACACAAGCCUGAGUUCUGCAGACGGUUCCUGACCAACUCCCAGCAACCAGCUGCACGCACUACUGAGCACAGAUCUGCCUCCCCGUACGGACUCGGGAUACGGGACACGGGACGGGAGCGAGCGGGCGGCCGUGUGGAGGCCUCUCUCAUACGGUACCCACGGGAUUAUCAACGCGGAGAACCAGGUACAGGGCCCACGAUGUCGAGUGAAGUGCAGCGAGCAGACGACAGCCCCAGCACCAGUGGAGGCAGCUCUGACAUCGAGCAGAGGGAGCCAGCGCCGCCUGAACAGGACCAGGAGUCCACACAACCCAAGAAAAAGGAGACCAAGAUCUCCAGCAAGACCGCUGCCAAGCUGUCCACCAGUGCCAAGAGGAUACAGAAGGAGCUGGCAGAGAUCACCCUCGACCCUCCUCCAAACUGCAGCGCUGGUCCUAAAGGAGACAACAUCUAUGAGUGGAGGUCCACCAUCCUGGGCCCUCCUGGCUCUGUAUAUGAGGGAGGAGUCUUCUUCCUGGACAUCGCCUUCACCCCAGACUACCCCUUCAAACCUCCAAAGGUGACGUUUCGGACGCGGAUCUACCACUGUAACAUCAACAGUCAGGGGGUUAUCUGUCUCGACAUCCUGAAGGACAACUGGAGUCCGGCUCUGACCAUCUCCAAAGUGCUGCUGUCCAUCUGCUCCCUGCUCACUGACUGCAACCCAGCGGACCCUCUGGUCGGGAGCAUCGCCACACAGUAUCUGACCAACAGAACGGAACACGACAGAAUAGCCAAACAGUGGACCAAGAGAUACGCCACAUAG